CAAUGUGGGAGGGAAGAAGCUUCCAGAAUCUAGUGGCGUGGUCUUUGACGGAAGAUCUUUCCGUAGGAGCUAAAACAAGAAGAAAACACAUCUUUUUGGGUCUUGAAUUCUGAAUAGACUAAAUAAAACACCGGGUCCCCUGGAGCUGAUGAGAACUGAACGCACAAACAGCUGACUGAAGCCGUGAAUAAAGUGAAGAGUUUGUCACCUCGACCACACCAGCAGCAUCAGAGUUUGGUUAGUAACGGAAGAUGGAGGGAAGUGUGACAGUCAUCACCAACCCCACCGUGACUGUACGGGUGACCAGCACCGUCAGCUCGUUUGAAGUCAAUCGAAGAUUCAACAGAGGCAUAACGAUCGCAGAGUUUAAGAGUAAACUGGAGCUGAUUGUGGGCACUCCAGCUGCCUGUAUGGACCUUGAGCUGUUCAGCACUUCAGACAAGCUCUUACAGAAGUUAGACAACAAUGAAGCGCUGCUCGGCUCCUAUCCGGUGGAUGAUGACUGCAGAAUACAUGUGACAGACCGCAGUGGUACGCAGAGUGGGGAGUUCACUGAUUUGUCAAAGGUGGAGAAAUUCGAGAUCUCUGAUGAAGCCUAUGAAAAAAGGGCAGAUUCAAUACGGAACUUCAAGAAGAAUAUGAAGUUAGGUCGAUUUAAUGAGGAAAACAGGGCCAAGCAAGAAGAGGCUCUUGCUAAGAAAGAAGAGGAAGAGAAGGCGGCUAUGGAAGCCAUUGCUGUUGGAAACCGUUGCAAAGUUCAAGUUCCUGGGCAACCUACCAAGAUUGGCACUGUUAUGUUUGUGGGUACAGCAGAUUUCAAACCAGGCUACUGGGUUGGAGUGAAAUAUGAUGAGCCGCUUGGGAAGAAUGAUGGCAGUGUGAAUGGGAAACGUUACUUUGAGUGCAAGCCAAAAUACGGCGCCUUCGUGAAGCCCCUCUCAGUAACUGUCGGAGACUUUCCUGAAGAGGACUAUGGUUUGGAUGAGAUGUAAGACUCACUUGAUGAGCAGUCAGAAGCAUCAGAAGAAAGAUCCUCUUUCUUCCAGAAGUUUGGCUCCAUGCAGUGAGAAGGUUUUUUGUCGUCAAUGCGAUCAUUUUGUUUUAUGUUGGUCUGGAAGAGAUCAGCGAAAAUUGUACCUUAAUUUCCUGCAGUCAAACUUAAGGAAUGAUCUUUAAACAACAUCUGUGCCCUGGCGACUAGAAGUAACUAGUGAGGUAAAUGUGAGAACACCAGCCGAGGUCAGAGUCAGAAAAGCAUUCGCUUGCAUGUCGAUUGCUCGUUAUUGAAUUCCAAAGUUGAGCCUAGAUCGAAUAAUUUUCCUUCAAACAAAACCAACCCACCACAAAAGAAAAUGUUUAUCACAAUUUUGCAGUUCUGUACACACUGUGUAUUGUAUAAAUUUAUUUGUACUAAUGAAUUCCUCCUUUUCUGCAGCCUAUUACAUUCUUAUGCAUCAACAUGACUGUGUUUAGGGUAUCAGUCCCUCAUUCUCUUUGGCACUUUAGCGUUUAGCUCACUAAUGAGAUGUGUAAUGUAGAAUCCAGUGGCCUCAGUUUUCCAUACUUCUGUAUUUAGUGUAAAUUACGGAAAUGUGAUGAAGUCUUGCUUUUUUGUGACAACUGGCAUGUAAGCAUUUUCAUGCAUGUCAAAUUUAUGUUUAGCAGAAAGGCCUAAUGUUUUUAUGGAAUUCUGUUUAGUAAAAUAUGUUUCAAAUAAAUCCAUGUGCCAAUUUUGGAAAUCCUGCAGAUAAGCCCAAAUUGUCUUUUCAUCUGCCUUAAUACGUAGCAUGAGGCACAAGUUGCGGUGAAAAACACUGAUGUUGUACAGCCCUAAAACCUCGAUAGCUCACAAAUGAUAAUAAACAUUUGGUUUUGGUCCACAGCAGCUGAUAUGAUUCAUAUGAAUGCUAUAAUUGUCAUAGUAGCUUUAACAAAACGUAGAAAUGUUGGAUAAAAGACCAAGGCCAGGCACAAACACUGAUAGACAUGCAUUUUUUUUGUUUUGCUCUACUCAAUGCUUACAUUAAGUGGUCAUAAUUCGAAAAGACAAUGAAGUAUUUUUGUUUUUGACAUUUAGUGAUGCUUAAAAAACGUACAGCCUGUCACAAUUCGCAUAGAAAGUACAAUUAUAUUUAUCAUUUAUUAAAUACAUGUGGCUAUGGGAAUACUAGCUCAGUUGAAAGUGUCCGAGUCCACUUAAUUUUUGUAAAUGUAUUUCGAUUCACUCCAGACUGUGAUGCUUUGCAAAAAUAAAAUAAAAAAGUUUCAAAUCA